GAUCCUAAUUCCUACUUAAUAGGUAUAAUAGGCUAUUAUAAUAUCAUACUUAUAUAUAUACCAGGGAUAAGUAAAGUGCAUACGGCAGCAGCAGCCUCUAGCUGCAGGGUAAGUUUUCCGCAUAUUAAGAUUACCCUUAUUAUUAGUAUCUAUAGCAUUACUCCCUUUAAGCACAGCAGUAAAGAAAUCAUACUUAGAGAUAUUAUUAUUAGUAAAGGCAUUAUCUAA